AUGACUGACUAUGACUUUAGACAAUGGAUUGCAUUGAAGGCUAUGAUUGGAAACACAGCGACAAUGUGUCCGACAAUCGGAGGGUUCGCUAAACUCAACAAAUCAACACUUAUUUCGAAAACAACAUCAACCAAAACAAUUGACGUAUCGACUACAUCGGGAACUGUUAGAGGACAUACCAUACGUGUGCUCAACACUGAUAUAUAUGAGUUUCUUAACAUACCAUACGCUGAACCACCGGUCGGUUCACUUAGGUUUGCAAAACCCGUACCCAUUCAGACACCAAAAACAUCUAUUAUUGAUGGCACCAAAAAUGGCAAUUGUUGUGUACUGAGUGUCGAUGAAAAUACAAGAAAACAAUACGAAAUUGUCAAUAAUUAUAAAGAAAGUGAAGACUGUCUAACACUAGUUGUUUGGACAUCGGGUGUCGAUACCGGUGCUAAACAUGAUGACGACCAGUUAAAGCCAGUACUGUUUCACAUACACGGCGGUGGUCUCAGUACGGGUACGGCAUACGAUCCUAUAUUUAACGUAUCAAUUCAGUCAACAUAUGAUAUAGUUGUUGUGUCAAUCAAUUACCGAUUGGGACCGUUUGGCUUUCUCUACGGUGGCGAACCGUCAGCACCGGGUAAUGUUGGUUUCUAUGAUCAAUUGCUGGCACUUCAAUGGGUUAGAGAUAAUAUACAGCAGUUUGGUGGCGAUAAAAAUAAGAUAACAUUAAUGGGCAUCAGUGGCGGCAGUUGGUCCAUAUCGGCACAAAUAUUAUCGCCGCUAUCAAAGGGGUUAUUUCAGAGGGCUAUUAUGCAAAGCGGUGCCGAACUAUACAACAAAGACAGGCCUGUACUCAGUACUGAGGAAGGUCUGGAAAAAGCAAAAAAUUUGGCCAAAAAAGUCGGUUGCGAUCCGUAUGACUAUCACUGGUUAGACUGUAUGCGUCAGGUCAGUGAUGUUAAUCUGUUUAGAGAUGUGCCAGAAAACGGUGAAUUUACUCUAAUGACUUACCCGGUGUUUGGCACCGAGUUUUUGCCACAAUUACCACAAAAAGCAUUUAAAAAUAAUUUAUACAAUUCAGGUAUUCAAUUGAUUGCCGGCAUUACCCGUGAUGAGGGUACGCUGAUGGCAAUCAUGGAAUAUCCUCAUAUAAUACAGGGAAUAUCAUCGGUAGAAAGUUUCCGUAAAUUACUUGACAAAGUCAACAAUAGAUUUCACAAUUUAGAUGUCAAACAAUUAGAAGACUAUUAUCUCGAUAUUGAUGUCAUCGAUCGGGAAAAUCCGAUUGUAUUGCGCGACCAGUUUCUCAAACUAUACGGUGAUCUUGCAAUGUCGUGUCCAACAUAUAGAUUUGCUAAACACAUGGUCCAGGAUAUUGCCGGUGCCGACAAUGAUGUAUACUUUUAUUUGUUUAACUAUACAACCAAUCAGGGAGUUAUUGGCGAACUUAUGACUCAAUGGUUUACCGAUAUUGUACCGCACGGUGCGGAUAUUGAUUUGACUUUUGGCGAUCCGCUUAGAUAUCCGAACCUCUAUAAAGAAUUAGACUAUGAUUUUACUCUAGAUUUGUUGAAAAUAUGGACCAAUUUUAUUAAAUACGGUAAACCAUCUAAUGAUUGGCCCAAAUUUGAUAUCAAUAACUUGAAAGUUAGAGAAUUAAAUCCACACAACAGUGAAGCACGUGUUUUGGACAACCUUUUUGAGCGCACGUGCGAUGGUGUUUGGAGUAACUAUUUUUGAG